AUGGACCAAGCGACAUCCUCGUCCCCCGCGAUGAGUUUUAGUGUCUUGACAUCCACUGCUCCAACCCUUGCGCCGCGAGUAGGCAAGCUGGUAAUUCCAGGCCGAAAGACCAUCGCAACGCCGCACCAUGUCCCGCUCACUUCGCGGGGCACAGUCCCGCAUAUUGCGCACGACGUGAUGCGCCAGCACACUGCAAUUAAUAGCAUAUACACUGGACUGGAAGAUUUCAUCGCGAAAAAGCAGCCCGCCGUAUAUAAAACUCCCGUCGCGGAUAAUGAGUCGCCAUUGAAGAAAUUCAUCUGUAUGCCAGAGGAUAUGCCUUUGAUUCUUGGCCCACGGCGAUUCCCUCCGAUCCCAUGCCCGCCCGCGAAUACAACGAAUUCUAUCGCCCUGCUAACCUCACUCGGGUUUACCCAACUCACUGCCUCGGAUUAUGUCAAAGCAGUCCAAAGGUUGAAACCAGAUAUUGCUGUCGGAAUGGUGGACCUGGCCAACAAGGAGCCGGGAUCCAAGAGACGGGCCAAAAUGGUUGACCGAACGCACGCGUGGACUCGCGAUGCACUGGAGCAGCUCUACGGGCCUCUGGUAGCAGAAGAAAGCAAGUCAAAGAGCGCAUAUUUUGCGCCUGUUCUACCGCUCGAUAAUGCGCAGCAGUCGCUCUAUCUGGAUGAUUUGGAGAGCGAGUUCCGAUGGGAUAUAUCUGGACUGGCACUGUAUCAGUCCGCGUCUCUGGGAUUCGUUCCAGAAUCGUUGGCAAACCUGCCUCGGUUGCUUUUCAGUGAACCUGAAACUCCACAAGAUAUUCUGCGUGACGUAUCUCUGGGAGCAGAUCUCCUGACCACGCCUCUACUGGGAGCGGCGUCUGAUGGCGGAAUUGCGAUGGAAUUCGUCUUCCCGGUUCCCGCUGCUCUGCAAGAUGGCGCUUCCCGAUCCCGACCUUUAGGAAUUGAUUUGUGGAAAUCAGAUCAUGCUAUCGAUACAUCACCGCUGGGCGAGGGAUGUCCAUGCCAUGCUUGCAAGAAUUAUUCUCGUGCUUAUAUCCACCAUCUGCUACAGGCUAAGGAGAUGACUGCUUGGGCGCUCCUUCAAAUCCAUAACUUCCAUAUCAUGGAUGCUUUCUUCGCUGGAGUGCGGGAGAGUAUUCAGCGUGGAUCUUUUGAGGAGGACGUUCUCACUUUCACUCGUGUUUAUGCCUCUUCGAUGCCAGAGAGCAGUGGGGAGGGUCCCAGAUUGCGUGGAUAUCAACUACCUGCCAAUGGACCUAACCAACCCCGUCGCAUGCCAAAGGUAUAUGGCUUGCUUGACGAUGCGAUGCAGAAAUUCGCCGAAUCUCAGUCUGGAGUCGCGACUCCAGACACCGGAGCGAGCGGACUUGAGGAGCACGGAUUUGCUGAGAAGGUGUGA